AUGAUCGAGACUGAUGUACGUAACAAGAGCGUCCGGGAUCGCUACAUUUGCAGCUUCUACUGGGUCGUGGCGACGCUGUGUGGAGUAGGCUAUGGAGAUGUUCACGCAUCCAAUAGAACCGAAAGACUCUUCCCGAUGGCAGUAUCAAUCGUGGGCGCCAGUGGCUAUGGCCUGAUUAUUGGCAGUCUAACCAAAAUAUUAGAAAACUGGUAUCGCGAAACUACGACUCGUGCGCGCAAGCUCAGCAUGAUUCAAGCGUUUGUGCGCAAAAAGCGAUUACCUCGCAACCUCAAAGGCAGACUCAUGCGGCCACGAGUGACCUUUUCACGCUACCGAAAGAAGAUUUUGACCAACUAA